UUGGAGGGAUAUUCUCUUUCCCAUCGACCUGAAGCGAAAGGAAAAUUGCCGUGCUUCACUGCUGUCUCUCACCUCAGAUAGUGAAAUGACAGAGGAGCAGAAAGAGCGGGAGUCUGAGAAAGUCGGCGAGGCGACGUUGGAUGGGAGGCAAUAGUUGGCUGGGUAUGGCUUGGAACAACUGUCAAGCCAACCUCUUAACCGCUUCGGUACUGGCAUGGUUGUUAUUGAUUCCCUUGUCGAGACCUGGUACUAUGAUCACUUUGUUCUGUAGGCAUAUCUUGGCGAUGACACAUGCGAGUCCUCAGGAAGUCGGUUUCUGCCCUCACUUUGACACUUCUAAUUGGCCCGUCGCUCAUGACCAGCAACGGAUAACCGUUGCAAGUCGUGUUAUUUCAUUCAAUCCCUCUAAACCCAUACAUAUACAUUACUCGUGGUUUUAUUGGGAGAUGCACAUCUGUUUUCGCCGCACGCACCAGAGACGAUGCAUGUUACGGGUCACGAUCGAGCAUGCGUGUUGAAAUUAUCAUAUCAGCCAUGCGAUCGCAAUUCGUCGGAAGUUGAUCAUUACCGGUUUUUGACGAAAAAGGGUAAUGCAGGUACCUAAG